AUGGCGGACAAGAACCAUCCUCAAAAAGAUCGUCCAAGAUUUGUAUACGAUCACUCGCCGUCUGGAGCUUUACCACCGAAUGUAAUGGGAACUGAAUCGUCAAAAUACACAGUCUUGGUUAAACAUAUUCCUGCACAGGUGAGUCGGCAGACAAUUAUUGAUUUUGCCAGUCGAUUUGGAACAUUACGCGCUGAACCUUACAUUACUCAGAGCACAGAAAAACUACGAAAACUUGCUUGCCUUACUUUUACAGAACAGGCCGCUGUUGAACGUUGCAUGAAUGGCGAUCGUCAAAGUUACAAUCUCAACGGUUAUCCGAUCUCUGUACAACGAUAUCUUCCUGUUGGUCUGACGUUCACGGAAAGCUAUCGUUUGCUUCUUAGUUUCAUCGAAAAUAGUUCGAAUGUAGUGCUGAGCGAAGAUGAUAUACGCUCUUAUUUUGAGACAAAUUAUGGAAAGGUGAAAGCAUUUGCUUGGACGUCGGAACACACGGCAAUGAUAGAUUUUGAAGAUUAUGAUGCUGUCGAUCGAGCCGUGUUAAAUUCAAUUAUACAUCCGAUCAUUGGAGUAAAGAUUCGCUUGGAAAAAGUCAAAUCUUCGUUUGUACGAGCAGCAUAUCUACAGCCGAUUGCCGAUGGUUCAAGAUAUUGUGUUCAUGUACGAAACAUUCCUUCUCAUGUAAGUGGUGAACGAUUGGCAACAACAUUUAACAGCAAUGUUUGGGACGUUCUUAUUCGCAAAGGAAGAUUUCUUGAAAGAGAUCCUAUGGAAGCAUGGAUCUUGAACAUUCCGACGAUGUCCGAAGCUGAACAAUUAGCGUCGUCUGUCACUGAUAUUGACGAAGUCGAAAUUCGAUGUGAAGCAGUAAGAGAGCCGAUAAAUGAAUGGACUCUAUGCAGUGGAAAUCGUGAUGGUUGGUGUAAGCAUGACAGAGAAUGCAUCUAUCGGCACAUAACUUGUGUAUCUGGAGACGAAUGUAAAAAUGAAGAAUGUCCAUUCAGUCAUUCGAAACAACGAAAAAUCAUUCCCGUGCCAAGGUACAGGCCAGCAGGACCAGUUGAACAGCAAUAUCGGAUAAAAAUCGAUGGGAUACCGUACAAUAUGACACCAACGGAAUUAGUCGUGGAAUUGAAAAAACAACCUCCUAGUUUAGUUAAAUUUAUCGAAGCUCCUGAGGUACCGAAAGGUUCGAUUACUCGUCAUUUCUACGUCACUCGACAAGCAGCUGAGAAACUCGCUCGAACACGUGUUUUCCAAUGGCAUAACUAUCCAAUUCGAGACAGUUACGUUGUCAAAUGUCAACUGGAGUAUGAUCGAAUAACGACAACAGACCAUUUGUCGGCUGCAACCGAAGCCGACAUACAAACGAACAAUCAACGAUUGAGAUCCGUGUUUGCACCAUUGUCACCUGGCCCAAAGGAAAUCAAUGGUAUGCCAUCGAAAUGGGCAUGGACUAAUCGUCUGUUAAGCAAUGAAACCAGUCGUGUCUAUCUAGUUUAUUCAUCGGAACCCACAGACGAUCGUUUAGGUGCAAUGAAAUUAUUUCGUCCUGCAAAUGAUCUUGACUUAAAACGAGCGAAACGAGAGUUACUGGCUUUGAAAGCAUUAGAAAAUGCUAUAACAUCGUUAAAUAAAUCAGUUGUUGUACACGUCUAUCAAAGUAACGUACUUGAUGCGACGCGCAAAAAUGGUCAACCAUUGUGGAUAAUAACUCAAAUUACAUCCGAAUUAACCUUGGAAGAUUUUGUUAAUCGAUACAAAUCACAAGUGACUUUUGAAAAUAUUUUGAACAUAACAUGUCAAUUACUUGAACUUAUUCAGCAGUGUCACAAACAUCGCAUUAUUCAUCGAAAUUUACAACCAAGAAAUAUCUUAGUCGAACUCAAUCGAGAUCGAGCAUCGUCUGAAUCGAUUAAACUCGCACUGAUCGAUUUCAGUGUAGCUUGGUUCGACCACCAACAAAAAUCGACUGAUGAUCAAGAUGAUAUAAGAAUAAUUGAACAAACUAUUGAAGAACAUACCAGUCGCACUGGAAACAAUAUGUACAAUAUUCUACAGCGUCUGCUGACGGCACGCACAGCAGAACAACGCCGUGAUUCAUCAAUCGAUUCACUUAGUAUUUGUUACAUCCUAUUCUGGCUGUUGACCGAAGAAUGGCCUGAUUGUGUAGACUACGCUAGUUUUCCACAUCGCAACGAUGACAAACAACAAAAGAUUCAUGAAAAACUAGGUGAAUUCCAAAAUGCUGGUCAUAUUCGGCAACAAAUUAUGCACGUAUUUGACCGUUCGUUUGAUCCAUCUGGCAAGAAGUGGUCCGUCGAUGAAUUGUGGACUCAUGUGAAUGAAAUUCACAAGUCUACGGUGGACUUUGAAAUAGCUCAUUUACAUGAUUUAUUUCCAUUAAUUUCAAACACUACCUCAUUAGCAAAAGUUGAUCAAUAUGCUCGAUUUGUAACUUUAAUAGCUUUUAUUAAACAAAAAUUUAUUCAGCAGUAUUCUUCGUGUGUCAAAUGGUCCACUAGUGGUAAUAAGUGGUCGAACAAAAAUAAAGACAUAGAAGUCAAGAAUACGGAUGAACUCACUUAUGACUAUCAAGACCGUCAUUGCUCAACGUCAAUUAUCUGUUUAGUACAAUUCGAUCUUGAACCUGCUACCUUUUCGAUAGGCAGCAUGGACAGUAUGGGAACAAUGGAUUUGAAAAUACUUUGUAACGUGGAGAAAGGAACAGAUGAUAUGGAUGUCAGCAUGUACUUCGAUUUGGCGGUUAAAAGACUCGUUAGAGAUAAACUGAAACAAAAUUAUUCAUUACCGUAG